UGGGAAGUUGGCUGAGCCCAUCGCUCUGUCAGUGGCGGCUGCUGCCUGCUCCGGAGGCGGGCUGCGCUGUGGCGGCCGAAGCUGGCAGAGCUGGGCGCCAGCGCCGGGCUUUGCCCGCUUCUACUUGAAGCUGUGAAUUCCUUUGGACAACUGAUGAUAUUUAUCAUUGUGCCCAGUUUCUACAAAUAAAAAAAUGGGUGGAUUAUUUUCUCGAUGGAGGACAAAACCUUCAACUGUAGAGGUUCUGGAAAAUAUAGAUAAGGAAAUUCAAGCAUUGGAAGAAUUUAGGGAAAAAAAUCAGAGAUUACAAAAAUUAUGGGUUGGAAGAUUAAUUCUCUACUCUUCAAUUCUCUAUCUGUUUACAUGUUUAAUUGUAUACUUAUGGUACCUUCCCGAUGAAUUUACAGCAAGACUUGCCAUGACACUCCCAUUUUUUGCUUUCCCAUUAAUCAUCUGGAGCAUAAGAACGGUGCUUAUUUUCUUCUUUUCCAAGAGAACAGAAAGAAAUAAUGAAGCAUUGGAUGAUUUAAAAUCCCAGAAGAAAAAAAUACUUGAAGAAGUCAUGGAAAAAGAAACUUAUAAAACAGCUAAAUUAAUUCUUGAAAGGUUUGAUCCAGACUCAAAGAAAGCAAAGGAGUUGGAGCCGCCAUCUGCUGGAGCAACUAUAACUGCAAGACCUGGACAAGAGAUUCGUCAGCGACCUGCAGCUCAAAGAAACCUUUCUCCAGCACCAGCAGGCUCUAGCCAGGGCUCUCCCUGCAAAGUUCCAGUAUCUCCUGGACCACCAAAGGACACUUCGGCCCCUGGUGGACCCCCAGAAAGAACUGUUAUUCCAGCCCUAUCGUCAAAUGUGUUACCAAGACGUUUUGGAUCCCCUGCUACUUCAGUGCCUGGAAUGGGUCUUCAUCCUCCUGGUCCACCUUUAGCAAGACCUAUUCUGCCCCGAGAACGAGGUGCUCUGGAUAGAAUUGUUGAAUAUUUAGUUGGUGAUGGUCCACAGAACAGGUAUGCCCUUAUAUGUCAGCAGUGUUUUUCUCACAAUGGCAUGGCUUUGAAAGAAGAAUUUGAAUACAUUGCUUUUCGUUGUGCCUACUGUUUUUUCUUGAAUCCUGCAAGAAAAACCAGACCCCAGGCUCCAAGACUUCCAGAGUUUAGUUUUGAGAAGGGGCAGACUUUGGAAGGCUCAAGCACAGUUGGUUCCUUGCCCUCAGGAAGUGUGAUUUCAUCAGAGAACCAGAUCAGUGAAGAAUCUUUAGAAGAACAAGACGUUCUAGAUAACAGUACAGAGCAGACAGAUGACAAAAUAUCGGAUACAGAGCAGACAGACCCAGUGAUUGAACAAGCAUCUGACACAGAGAAACCAGAGGAGAAGCAAGAAGAGACCGAGAAUGAGGAAACCUCAAUGAAUAAAGCCAAAUCAACAGUUCCCAGAGCUGAUGCUAUUCCUAAUCCUGAACUAAGUGGAGAAUCUUCGACAAUGUAGUAAAUGCUUCCACGUGCCUUCAACUGGAUAUUUGUAGUCUUGUUGAUGUCAGUUAUUGCUUCCUUAGGUGGUGCUUUCUUUUUAUUUUCCCCCUCUAAAGACAUGCUUGAUGUCAUCUGAAUUUCAGAUUGCCUAGCUAUUUCAGUAUGUCAAAGUUAUGUCUACUGGCUAUUAAAAUUAAAAGCAAGUGAUAUCAGUAAAGUAAAAUCCUUUUUAAUGUAUAAAACCCACACUGUUUAGACAGGUUUUAGGUAUUUUUUUCCAUUCUAAAUGUAAACAAAUAUGAUAGCAGUUUUGUUUUUUAUUUGUGACCUGUAAAUACUAUCCAUUGACAUAGGAAGAACUUUGGUUAGGAAUAAGUUCUAAUAGCGUUUGUUUUAAGGAAUGAAACUCAAUUAAGAUUUUUAAUACUACAUCAUUAAAAUGGAUAGAAUUUUAACUCUUGAGAUAUUUUCCAGGGGGUAAAAUGUCUAUUUAGGCAUUUAUAUUAAGAGCUAUGAAAGUUAUUACAGUAACAAUAUAGGCAUUGGUAUGAAUUCCCAGUAAGAAUGCAGUCGAACAGUCAAGUGCAGUGUUACUUUUGAUGUCUCUUUUUUUGCACCUGGGCCAGAGGUACCUGAUAUUUAUAAUUAGCUUAUGUUUACAUAUUAACAUAUAGGAACUAUCUCUGCACUUAACUGUACUUAAAUUUUGAGCAUUAUUUAUAUUUGUAAAAUAAUGAUGAUAUUAUAAGUGAAUUUUGUGCUCUAUUGUGUAUUUUGUUAAGGAAAAUAAAGAUGAUGUGUCAGCAAUUUUUUUGUUAAAUACCUAGACUUCUUCAGACAGCAUCUUCGUGGCUGACAUGGCUACCUGAAAAGUCUUAGGAGGAAAAGCUCACAAUUCAAUAAAUCAAUAGAUUCUGUUAAGAGCAAAUUAUGAUAUUUUUAUUCAGACUUGUUGCCUUUCAAAUUCAGAGAAAUAGUGACAUUUAGAGGUUCUAAUCAGAGGUUAGAUUUUUCUGAUUCAUGAGAUCCUUAGGCCAUUUGUAGUUUUUAAUUU